AGUAGAUAGUAGACCGCUACGGAGCGCGCUCGCUACGUGCUACGGCGUAGACGCGCUACGAACUUCCAACUCGAUCUUCUAGACUUGAGAUUGUUCGUAUUUGGAUUGGAACUGAGAUUUUUCACAAACGGUUUUGCUUAAUACACUAUUUGUGAAAUGUGAAUUGUGUACGUUUAUGUUGGAGUUUUAGAAUAAUGAAGAUAAAUCAAGAUAUUUAGUUUUAGGCCUUGUUCGCCAUCAGACAAAUCCAGGAUGCUACACAAAUGGAUGUUUCUGAAAAACAUUUCUUACAGAAAAAUGGCGUAUAAGAAGAUGAGCCUUCAAGGAAUCAUAUCCGCACAAACGAAGAAAUGUUACCAACGUCUUAUGUCUAAAUACUCCGAAGUAACAGAUGGCAUUAAAUUUAACACUCUCAACAAUAAGGCCACGUGAAAUGUAGCUAAGAUAGUAACGGCAAAAUGGGCCAGACGUCUACUCACGUUGUCAAAAACUACACUACAGUAAAUUACAGCGAUAUAUACGAUGUAAUCGAGACCGAUAAGGACGUUUGUGCAGUCGCAGAUGACCCUAAGUUCCCGAGUAGCUUCGGCAUUACUCUGGCCGUCCCGGAAUGGGAGGCCAUUUGCACGGCCAUAGUCCUCACUCUCAUAAUUAUAUCGACGAUAGUUGGCAACAUCUUAGUCAUCUUGAGCGUCUUCACGUACAAACCUUUGAGGAUCGUUCAAAACUUCUUCAUAGUUUCUCUUGCAGUCGCAGACUUGACAGUAGCGGUACUUGUUCUGCCCCUUAAUGUCGCUUACUCGAUCCUCGGACAAUGGGUGUUCGGAAUAUAUGUUUGCAAAAUGUGGCUGACAUGCGAUAUAAUGUGCUGUACAUCAUCAAUCUUAAACCUGUGCGCGAUUGCUCUCGACAGGUACUGGGCCAUUACAGAUCCUAUAAAUUACGCACAAAAGAGGACUUUGGAAAGGGUUCUGCUAAUGAUCGGAAUAGUGUGGGUUCUCUCUUUAGUCAUUAGCUCACCUCCCUUGCUAGGAUGGAACGAUUGGCCCGAUGUAUUCGAACCGGACACCCCCUGCCGAUUGACCUCGCAGCCAGGCUUUGUCAUAUUCUCUUCCUCUGGAUCGUUUUAUAUCCCUCUAGUUAUUAUGACUGUAGUAUACUUCGAAAUAUACUUGGCAACUAAAAAAAGACUGAGAGAUCGCGCCAAGGCAACAAAAAUCAGCACAAUUUCUUCUGGCCAGAACAGGUACACUGCAAAAGAUAACGAUCAUCACGACCAAGAUUCAGUGAGUUCAGAAGCUAACCACAACGAGCAUCAAGGUGACGGUGAAAAGAAAAAACGAAUUAGGAAGUUAACUCCUAAGAAGAAAGCUAAAAAGCGAUACUGGAGCAAGGACGACAAGUCGCACAACAAAUUAAUUAUUCCAAUUUUAUCCAAUGAAAAUUCUGUCACCGAUACUGCAGAGAAUUUAGAAAAUAGGAAUACAUCAUCUGAAAGUAAUUCGAAAGAAACACACGAGGACGAAUUGUUGCCAGCAAACGAGCCUAAACCUCCAAAGCGAGCGAAGCCGAGUCAACAAAACACUGUUUACCAAUUCAUCGAGGAGAAACAGCGCAUCUCGUUAACGCGGGAGCGACGCGCUGCCAGGACUCUUGGCAUCAUAAUGGGGGUGUUCGUAGUGUGUUGGCUGCCCUUCUUCGUGAUCUAUCUCGUCAUUCCAUUCUGCGCAAGCUGCUGUUUAUCCAACAAGUUCAUAAACUUCAUAACCUGGCUCGGAUAUAUCAAUUCCGCCUUGAACCCUCUAAUCUACACAAUUUUCAAUAUGGAUUUCAGAAGGGCAUUCAAAAAACUACUGUGUAUAAAGCCGUGAAUAUAGUGCCAAAGGGUAUUUUCGCUUGAAGUUUCGCUGAUUUGCUCAAAUUAAUAACUUUUAAAUUCAUUUAAUAAUGCAUAAAAUAAGCCUAAGGUAACUACGAUCUAUAUAAAAUCAAUCUUUUUAAAUUAUCGUCGAGUUAAAACUUGUAUUGUCUAGUCUGUAUAUAUUUUAGAAAGUGAACAAAUUAAUAGUAAUAUUAAAAAUAGUUAAUGUAUAAUUACAUGACUGUAUACUUAAAGUGUACAUAAGAUUAAUAUGACGUUGUGCAAGGCACGGUAGAUAGUUUUUUCGUAUGUAAAUAAUUAUACAUGAAGAUCGAAUUUAAUGUUAACGGAUAGUUAUAAUCAACGAAUCAUCUAAAUUUAAGGGAAGUAACAAGUUGUAUAUACAUACAUAUCUCAGUCCAAUGUAGAUGACUAAUUGUAUACUGUUUAAAUUUAUAUGAAUUUCUGUAGACGCUAUAAUUUUGUGGUAUGUAAGGGAUCUUAUGAAUUUAUAAGGUCAUGAUUUCAUAUUUUUAACCGAAGGAAUAUUAAAUUGACUUAGCGUAAAUAACUUUUUUUUAUCGCCAUGUUCUGGAAUGUUUUACCAGUUAUAGUUUAGCAAUAUAAAUAUUGUUAUUCUUAUAACAAAUGUAAUUUUAUAAUACUUAAGUUUUCUUUUUUCUAAUAAAUAGCAUUACAACGUUGAUUAAACAAAAACAAAUUUAUAUACAUAUAUAGAGUGUAAAGGUCCCUUGCAAAUAUUGACUUUUCGUUCAUCUCAUAGUUGUUUUAAGGCAUAUCCCUUUAAAAUAAUUUGAGCCCUUAUUUGAAAGGGAUAUAUUGUAAACAUACUUUUUAUUAAUUCUCUUCAACUGUAAUAAAACAUAUUUGACUGUU